AUGGAAUGGGCACCAAUAAUAAUCCGUUCGACAGGCAUCAAUCAGGACGGAAGUCUCAGCGGCAUUACUGAGCCAAGCAAGAAAGCUCAGUCCAAUCUCAUCAUCGAAACUUAUAAGAGGGCAGGACUUGAUAAUACUUUGACCGGCUACUUUGAGGCACAUGGUCUGAAUCUUUUACCUCAAUUGUGCAAAGAGACUAACUUGAACUUAACAGGGACGGGAACACCACUUGGAGAUCCGAUAGAAGCUCGGGCUAUCGGUGAGAGUUUUCGUCGGAAGCGUCACCAUCGAACGCCUCUCUAUAUCGGUGCCCUGAAGUCGAACGUAGGACAUCUAGAAGGAACAGCUGAAAUAGCUGGAGUAAUCAAAACAGUAUUGGUAUUGGAGAAAGGCGUGAUUCCUCCGAUUGCCAAUUUGGAGAAGUUGAACCCCCGCAUCGACGCCGAUUUCUUCAAUAUAAAGUUUCCAACAGAAGCUGUGCAGUGGCGUAGUGAAGGUCUACGAAGGGCCUCUGUCAAUUCAUUUGGGAUGGGUGGAACCAAUUGCCACGUUAUACUUGAUGAGGCUCAGCAUUACCUAGUCAAGAGGCAUAUGAUGAUCGGGCAGAACAACCGAGAUGUCUCGUUGACACCCGAUUCCAAUGUGGACAUUCAACCGACUCAAGCGAAUGGCAAUUUUCCACACAUACUUCUGCCCAAGCUGCUCAUGCUUUCUGCUGCUGAUGAGAAAGGUAAUGUCACCAACCUAGAAUGUUUAGCCAUAACUGAGUAUCGCUGUUCACCAGACGAACUUGAGAAAGCUCCAGACUCAACGAAGAUAUAUCUCCCAGAGUUCGGCCAACCAAUAACAACGGCCCUUCAAAUCGCUCUCGUGGACUUGUUAAAGUCGUGCAACGUUGUCCCAAAUGUGGUAGUUGGUCAUUCUUCAGGAGAGAUAGCCUCAGCCCAGUAUCGCAUGGCCUCGAUCGGUCUUUCAAAAGAAGACUUGAACAUCCAUCUCGAGAAAUUGGGCUCGCAAAGUGGAUUCUACCUAGACUUAGUCACCAUUAGCUGUAUCAACAGCCAUUGUAACGUAACCAUCUCGGGCCCGGAAAUACAGGUUGACGAGGUCAUCACGUAUUGUGAGAAGGAGAAAAUAUUCGCCCGAAAAUUGAAGAUUGGAGUAGGCUACCAUUCUCCGCAAAUGCAGUUGAUCUCGACGGAUUACUGCAGUAACUUACAGGGACUUGAAGCAGACGCUAAAGGUGGAAAGAUUCAUCCCCUCAUGGUCUCAUCCAUUACAAGCGAAAUAGUUUCUCAGCAUGAGCUUCGGCAAGCUGAUUACUGGGUUCAAAACAUGCUCUCUCCGGUAGAUUUCCUGGGGGCCUUCAGCAGGUGCUCCAAGCAGAGCUCGAAGAGUAUCGUUCAUAAAAUGAAUAGGGAGCAUACAAAAAUGGUUUCCAUCGAUUUCUGGCUCGAGAUUGGCCCCCACUCGACUUUGCAAGGACCAAUUCGGAAUAUUCUAGCCUCCUUUGAAAGAACAAAUCAAGUCGACUAUAGUUCAACUCUUCUUCGUGGAGACCGCAGUAUUGAAACUCUCCUUGCAGCGGCUGGAAAACUUUGUUGUCGGGGUGUUCCUGUUCACUUGGACCGGCUAAAUCAACUCUCUGCUCACAAACAGCGCGUGCUGACUGAUCUCCCACAAUAUCCAUUCGACCAUUCGAUCAUACAUACGCAAGAGGCACGUCUCAAUAGAGAGUUUAGGCUUCGACCCUAUGCAAACAACGAGCUCCUAGGAACCCGAGUCAUCGACUGGAAUCCUCUGGAGCCAACUUGGAGAAAUGUUAUGCGAUUAGACGAGAUGAAAUGGCUUCAAGAUCAUAGAGUCAAUAACAGAAUCGUCCUUCCUGGAUCUGGGGUUAUUGCCAUGGCCAUUGAAGCUGUGAGACAGCUUGUCAAAGGCAAGACAGUCGCAUCAUACGAGAUCCGGGAUGCGAUUUUUCACACACCCCUGGUGUUUCCAACAGAGACCACCGUCCGAGAGACUCAAAUGUGUCUUCGACCCUUAUCACUUGUCGGAGAUAGUGACGAGAGUACCUGGUACGAAUAUCGGCUUCAUCUUAGCAAGUCUGAUGGAGAGUGGGAAGAAAUCGGGCGUGGAUCCGUGUGCGCAAACCUUCGUCAUCUCGCCCAUGAGUUGGAUACCAAAUUGCAAAGCCAAGUCGAGCAACUUAGAAGUUUCUUUGCAUCAGAAUCAAUUCAUUGUCCUCAAGAGGUAUCCCCAGAUCUACUAUAUAGGAGCUGGAAAGGCAUGGGUCUUGAUCUGAAGCCAAUGGUCCAAUUGCUAGACCAAAUUCGAUUCAGCAAUACUGGAAAAGCUCUAUCAACAGUGCAGAGACCACUGCUCAUCGAAGAAGCAACGGCAUCAGAUGGUAAAACCUCGACUCAAGAUUUCCUGGUUCAUGCCACCUCACUUGAUGCUCUCUUCCAGCUGAUAUUUGCUUCCUGGACAAGGGGCGGGACAGUUGUGGAUCAAACAAUGUUGCCUACUCGAAUUGACAGAGUUCAUAUAUCUGGCACAGACCUUGAUAACCCAAAUCUUGGGCCAUUUACAGCCUUUUCCAAGUCUCAUGAGGAGAACGUUGUGAAUAAGCGCAAACGUGUUUGCUCAGUUUCCGCCCUCAGCGAAGGUGCUCAGCAAAUGCAGAUUCUACUACAAGGUCUAGAGUAUACAACGAUAUCCAACAGCGAUCCUCCUCAGGAGAGUCAUGAUCAGCCAAGUCAUCUAUGCUACAACAUGGACUGGAUAGUUGACCUUGAUAUGAUGGAUUCCCAGGACAUCCUGCAAUAUUGCAGCAAAGGAAUUGUAUUGUACGACGAGCCUGUUAGCUGGUUCCGAGAUAUUGAGUUCUUGGCGCUCGCAUUUGGCUUUCAGGCUAUCGAAGAGCUGCGUAGAGCUGACCGACAACAUAUCCCCUCCGUAGACAAGUACAUCUCGUGGAUGCGAAAUCUGCUCGAUCAAGGUUUUUCUCAGCUCGAGCCAUACAGUCGCGAGGAAUGGGAGAAAAAGCUUGCAAAUACAGAUGCAAUGUUGGCCAUCAGCAGCAAAAUGAAUUCUACCAAUAUUGGUCAAACGUUUGUUCAAGUUGGCCGAAGUCUACCCAGAAUUCUGUCAGGCGACUUAGAUCCGUUACAUGUCAUCUACGAAAAUGAGAAGCAAAUUCGAGGAUUCUUUAUGGAACUCAAUAAAACCUCCCCUCUCUGGGCGAUCUUUUCCACAUACUUUCAAGCUCUGUUAGGCAAAAACCCCUGCAUGAACAUAUUAGAAAUCGGGGCUGGAACAGCAGCGACAACUGAGCUCCUUCUGGGACUUUUGAACCUAGAUGGUCGAUCAGAAAACCCUCAUUACCAGAGCUACUAUCUCACCGACAUUGGUCCGUCAUUCUUAGAAAAGGCAAGAAUGAGGUUUCAAGAGGAUGAACUUAUGAAGUUCGGCGUGCUCGAUAUCGAAAAAGAUCCUAUCAUGCAAGGUUUUGAAGGGGAGGGCUAUGAUCUGCUUGUCGCUUCACACGUGCUUCACGCUACAAGAACGUUGACUGAAACACUUAAACACUGCAGGAAGCUAUUAAAGCCAGGAGGGAAGCUCAUCCUCAUAGAGCUGACAGCUCAGCAUCACCUCGUUCCAUUCAUUUUCGGUCUGCUCCCAGGCUGGUGGCGAAGUACAGAAGACUAUCGCCAGCAAAGUCCCUGCAUCUCGGAGACACAAUGGAAUGAAGUUUUGAUCAAUAGCGGCUUUUCCGGGACUGAUGUCGUUUUCCAGGACUACAAGAGCAGCGAAUGUCAUGUUUGGAGUCUGAUGGUUUCAACGGCUGUCAGCCUGGAACCAACAAUAACCCCAAACCCGAUUAUCAUUAUUGAUAAGCACUCAGCUUUCCAGCAACAAAUGGCCAAGAGCAUCUUUGAGCAACUGAAGCUCGAAGAACACUUAUCGCCAUCAUACAAAAUUGCUAGCCUGGACGAUAUAGAGACAAUUGUUGCGGCAAACAACUCUCACACAAUAUUUCUGAACGAGCUUGAGUCCUCUGUGCUUAGAAGAAUUCAGCCCUCGCAAUUUGAAGCACUGGAAAGACUUCUAUUCCUGUCAGGAUCGUUCCUCUGGGUGUCUCAAGGCGGUGGGAUAUCCAUGUCGCCUGAUGCCGGCAUGGCCCAAGGUCUAUGCAGAGUGAGCAGACAAGAAAAUCCCAACUUGGCACUGAGCAUCCUUAAUAUGGAGCCAAUUACAGGUGACAAUUUACAAUUGAAAGCAGCGACCAUUGCUAAAGCCUUUCGCCAUGCUGCAAUCAAUUUUGGGCACGAUACUUUUGAGCCUGAGUAUCUCGGGCUACUUCAUGUUAGUCGGCUUCUACAAGAUCAAGCUGGCGAUGCUUAUAUCAAAGCCCGGAACAUGGCUGUCGGUGGAAUCCAAGAAUUUGGCAAAGGGUCACCUCUCAAACUAGAAAUUGGGACUGUGGGAAUGCUAGACUCGCUACAUUUCAUUGAAGACGAGACUACAGGGGAUGAACUUGGUCAAAACGAAGUAGAAGUGGAGGUUCAAGCAGUAGGUGUCAACUUCAUGGAUUGUCUGGCUGCCAUGGGUCGGUUGAAGACCGACACUGUUGGGUUGGAAUGUGCUGGCAUCGUCCGCAGAGUUGGAAAGAACUGCCUGGAGUUCAACACUGGAGACCGCGUAGCUAUGUGUGCUAUAGACUGCUACAAGUCUAUUGUGCGUGCAAAAGCGGAAUUGCUUCUCAAGAUCCCCGAUAGCAUGUCAUUCUCGGAGGCUGCGGCUCUACCGAUUUGCUUCGGAACAGCGUAUCGCUGUCUUUAUGAGCUUGCGCAGGUACAACCAGGUGACUCUGUCUUAAUACACAGUGGCUCCGGAGGAACCGGACAAGCAGCUAUUCAGCUCGCUCUGCUUCUAAACGCCGAAGUAUUUGUCACCGUGGGCUCAGACACGAAGAAAAAACUUCUUAUUGAUCUCUACCAAAUUCCGGAGGAUCAUAUAUACUAUAGCCGAGACACAUCCUUCGCUGAAUACAUCAAAAGAAUUACGAAAGGCAGAGGAGUAGAUGUUGUUCUUAAUUCUUUAUCUGGUGGAAGUCUGGCUGCCUCUUGGGAGUGCAUUGCGUCAUUUGGACAUUUUUUCGAAAUCGGUAAGCGAGACAUCGAGUUGCAUAGCUCUCUCUCAAUGAAGCCAUUCGGAAACAAUGCUUCAUUCACUGGGGUGGAUUUUCUUGCAAUCAUCCAACAACGUCCGACUAAAGCUCAAAAGAUUCUAGAAGCGGUAUUUGAAUUUGCCACAGCGGGGAAUAUCCAUUCACCGUUUCCGCUACAGGUUCAUUCCAUUUCAGAGAUAGAAAAGACUUUCCGAAUGCUGCAGAGUGGCAACAGCUCCGGCAAGUUUGUUCUAGAACUGAAGAGAGAUGCAGAAGUUUCUACAGUUUUAAAGCCAAAACUUGACUACAAACUCAGUCAAAAUGCAACUUAUGUCAUAGCCGGUGGACUAGGAGGCAUAGGACGUAGGAUUGCAACGUGGCUAGUUGAUCGUGGAGCCAAAAAUCUACUCAUGUUGUCUCGGUCUGGAGUAAAGGGACACGAAAAAGCUCAAACAUUGACGACAGACUUACUUAAGAGAGGAGUUCGAGUUGAAACACCAAUAUGCGAUAUUUCGGACCCUCAAAGUCUUCGAAGAGUCCUAAGGACGUUCGAAGAUGUACUGCCUCCUAUAAAAGGAUGUUUUCAAGGUGCAAUGGUUCUUCAAGACUCAACCUUGAAUGAAAUGAGCUUCGAACAGUGGACUGCUGCUGUAAAACCUAAAGUCGAUGGCUUGUGGAAUCUUCAUAAUAUACUACCUAGAGACUUGGAAUUCUUCGUUCUCCUUUCCUCGUUCUGCGGAAUUUACGGAAACGCAGGACAAGGGAACUACUCUGCCGGUAACACAUACCAAGAUGCGUUAGCCCGAUAUCGAGUUGCCCUUGGUGAAAAUGCAGUCUCACUAGAUCUUGGACCUAUGCUAUUCGAGGGCUACCUCGCAGAAAAUCCUCAAGUGAAUGAGCGUGUAAAAAAUUUGAAAGUCACACGGCCUAUCUCGCAGGACGAGCUUUCUGGCUUGCUCGACUUCUACUGCGAUCCGUCUCGCCAAACUCUCACGGAAGCGCAAGCGCAGAUUGUGGUUGGCAUCGAACUUCCUGCCAGGAUCCGCGCUGCUGGAUCGGAUGUCCCAAUGGGUCUUUGCCAGCCUAUCUUUCGCCAUCUCCAUCAGCUUGAAAUGUUUACACGAACAACUCCAGCCAUUAGAACAAGUUCUUUAGACUAUAGAGAUCUCAUCUCCUCAGCGAAAUCUGCAGAAGAGGCCAACAAUAUCAUAGCAGGAGCAUUGAAAAAAAUAUUAUCCCAGAUCCUGGGGCUGCUAGAAGAUAACAUAGAUGGGAAUGCUCUGAUCGAUAGUUAUGGAGUGGAUUCACUCGUUACAGUCGAGUUGAGAAACUGGCUGCUCAAAGAGAUUGGUGCCGAUAUUGCAGUAUUUGACAUCCGGGGAGCGACCAUUGAUAAUAUUGCGCACGCGGCUGCUGGGAAAAGCUCAUUUCGAGCACAGGAUCGAUCUAAUGUCUGA